UUUUAGCAACGCUGCCUCUCUAAAUCAGUCCUUUCAUUGAAGUCGACUCCUUAGUUCGACUCUCUCUCAGUCUUCAUCGUUCUAUCCGGGAAAUGUCGACCAAUCGAAAGAAGACCAGGAAACUUCGUGGUCAUGUCAGCCAUGGCCACGGUCGUAUCGGCAAGCACCGUAAGCAUCCUGGUGGUCGCGGUAACGCUGGUGGUAUGCACCAUCACCGCAUCAACUUCGACAAGUACCAUCCCGGUUACUUCGGCAAGGUUGGUAUGAGAAACUUCCACUUGCGUAAGAACCAACACCACAUGCCAGCCAUCAACCUUGACAAGCUGUGGACCCUGGUUACUGAACAGACCAAGGAGAAGUACAAGAACCACCCUGAAAAGAAAGUCCCCAUCAUUGAUGUUGUGCGAGCUGGUUACUACAAGGUUUUGGGCAAAGGUAUUCUCCCCAAGCAGCCUGUCAUUGUCAAGGCUAAAUUCUUCUCCAGGAUUGCAGAGACCAAGAUCAAGUCUGUUGGUGGAGCCUGUAUUUUGACUGCUUAAGAUGUGAACCUGUCUUGGCAUUAAUACAGCGUCUAUAUCAAA